AUGCUCUCGUCCCUCGCCCGCGCGUCGCCGCUCCUCCGCCAAGCUGCCACCGGCUCGGCCCGCCGCUCCAUGAGCGCGCUCUGCUUUGAAGACCUCUCGGAAGACCACACGAUGCUCCGUGACACGUGCCGCCUCUUUGCGGACAAGGAGCUCGCGCCGAACGCGGGUCUCUGGGACCGCGAGCACUUGUACCCGGGCGACGCCAUCAAGGCCAUGGGCGAAAUGGGCCUCAUGGGCAUCAUCGUGCCCGGCGAGUAUGGCGGUGCCGGCAUGGACUACCUCGCGUACUCGAUCGCGCUCGAGGAGAUUAGCCGCGGGUGCGCGUCGGCCGGCGUCAUUAUGUCGGUCAACAACUCGCUGUAUGCGGCGCCGAUCGACAAGUACGGCACGCCGGCGCAGAAGGAAGAGCACUUGACGCCGUUCGCGGCCGGUGAGAAGCUCGGCUGCUUUGGUCUCUCGGAGCCCGGGAACGGGUCGGACGCCGGCGCGGCGUCGACGACCGCGCGCAAGACGGACACGGGCUACGUUCUGAACGGCACAAAGAUGUGGAUCACGAACGCGCACGAGGCCGACAACGCCAUCAUCUUUGCGACGACCGACAAGACCAAGGCGCACAAGGGCAUCUCUGCGUUCAUUGUGCCCAUGAGCCAGAUCCAGCUCGGGAAGAAGGAAGACAAGCUCGGCAUCCGCGCGUCGUCGACGGCGCAGCUCAUCCUCGAAAACGUUGAAGUGCCGCACAGCGCGCUCCUCGGCAAGGAGGGCGAGGGCUUCAAGAUCGCCAUGACGACGCUCGACGGCGGCCGCAUCGGUAUCGCGUCGCAGGCGCUUGGCAUCGCGCAGGCGUCGCUCGACUGCGCGAUCGCGUACGCGCACCAGCGCCUCGCGUUUGGCACGCCGCUGGCCAAGAACCCGAUCAUCCAGACCAAGCUCUCCAAGAUGGCGACGGAGCUCGACGCUGCGCGCCUUCUCACGUGGCGCGCCGCCAUCGCCAAGGACGCGGGCCGCAACUUCACCAAGGAGGCGGCGAUGGCCAAGCUCAAGGCGUCGGAAGUCGCGACCGAGAACGCGCACCAGGCGAUCCAGAUCCUCGGCGGCAUGGGCUACGUCACCGACAUGCCGGCCGAGCGCCACUACCGCGACGCGCGCAUCACGGAGAUUUACGAAGGCACGUCCGAGAUCCAGCACCUCGUCAUUGCCGGCGCGCUCAACAAGGCGUAUGCGACGACGCACUAAUGACAACAUCCACGUAUCUAGUA